AUAGGGCUUACUUUGAUAUUCCCUCCCUUCGUUAGUCACCCGCCGUAUCCUGGCCUCACCAGUGUCUUUCUCUGCCGCCUACCUCUCCUGGUGUUGGUGCUUCCUCUCUCUGACGGACCCGGGCUCUUCAAGGUCGACGAUCCCUUCUGAUCCAUCAGGGGUAUUCAAUAUUAUCCGCUACUCGACUUAAACAAAAUCCGGACUCGAGGUCCAUCAGCACAGAAUGUCGGGCACACCCGACCUGUCGAACCUGAACUACACCGUUCUCAUUCCAUACACCGGCUCGCAGACGGGCAAUGGCGGUGAUUCUCUUACAGAAGACCUGAAUGUCUACUACAAUGCGGGUGACAUUUCCUGGGUCAUCGUGUCCAGCGCUCUGGUGCUGCUCAUGAUUCCGGGUGUUGGCUUUUUCUACUCUGGCCUCGCCCGUCGCAAGUCCGCCCUGUCCCUGAUCUGGCUCUCCAUCAUGUCAGUUGGCGUCAUCAGCUUUCAAUGGUUCUUCUGGGGUUAUUCUUUGGCAUUUUCCCACACGGCGGGCCCCUAUAUCGGUGACCUGAGAAACUUUGGUUUCAAGGGCGUCCUCGCAGUGCCUUCCGUGGGAAGCACCAAGGUUCCAGACCUUCUUUUCGCCAUAUUCCAGGGCAUGUUCGCUGCUAUUACUGUGGCUCUUGCCGCCGGUGCUGCUGCGGAGCGUGGCCGUAUGUUGCCUUGCGUUAUCUUCAUGUUCGUCUGGUCGACCAUCGUCUAUGAUCCAAUUGCUUGCUGGACCUGGAACUCCUCCGGCUGGGUGUACAAGCUGGGUGGAUUGGACUUUGCCGGUGGUACUCCCGUCCAUAUUGCUUCCGGUUCUGCAGCCCUUGCCUACUCUCUCAUGCUGGGCAAGCGUCGCGGGCACGGAACCCACGAGCUCAACUACCGCCCGCACAAUGUCAGUCACGUCGUUAUCGGAACCGUUUUCCUCUGGGUCGGCUGGUUUGGUUUCAAUGCUGGUUCCGCUCUGAGCGCUAACCUCCGCGCCGUCAUGGCGGCCGUCGUCACCAACCUGGCUGCCUCCGUGGGUGGUGUCACCUGGUGUCUGCUGGAUUACCGCCUGGAGAAGAAGUGGUCGACUGUCGGAUUCUGCUCUGGCGUCAUUGCUGGUCUGGUGGCAAUCACUCCCGGCUCUGGUUUCGUCCCUCCAUGGGCUGCCGUUAUCUUCGGAAUUGUUGGCGCUGCUGCUUGCAAUUACGCUACGAAGUUGAAGUACCUUCUCAAGGUGGACGAUGCCUUGGAUAUCUUUGCUGUCCACGGCGUCGGCGGUAUCGUGGGAAACAUGAUGACCGGCCUCUUUGCUGCCGACUACAUCGCCCAUCUUGAUGGCGUCACCGUCAUCCCCGGUGGCUGGCUUAACCACCACUACAUUCAGCUCGGAUAUCAGCUGGCCGAUUCCGUCUCUGGAUUCGCCUAUUCCUUUGUGCUGAGCUGCGUGAUCCUGCUCAUCCUGAACUUCAUUCCUGGUCUGAGCCUCCGGGCUUCUGAGGAAGACGAGAUCAUGGGCAUCGACGAUGCUGAGAUCGGCGAAUUUGCUUACGACUACGUCGAGAUCACUCGCGAUGUUAUCUGUGGUGUUGAGGGCAGUGACCACAUGUCCAAGCACUCCAGUACCGACAUUGUCCAGGACACCAAGGUUUGAAGCGCGACGCUGGUCGAAUUGUUCAUGGAAUGAGACAGAUGAAGUCACAAUUUUAACGACUAUAAUCGAGGAUAGGUGGUCCGCAGGCGUUCCGGUUGAGACACGAAAUGCAGCAUCACUUGUUUUCGCUGGUUGUGUGAUCUGG